AUGAGAAUAAUACUUCUGAUAUUACUCUCGUUAUUUAUUACUCUAUCACCUUCAUUGAUUAUUCCUUCUUCAACAUUAGACGAAUUUAAACAAACUGGUAGUUGUGGUGAUGGUAUUUGGGACUCAUUUAGUGAAGAAUGUGAUGGAAAUGAUGGUUGUACCAAUCUGUGUUAUUGUAAUAAUGGUUAUAUUUCUGAUGGAAAAGGAAAUUGUACUAUGCAAUGUAUGUAUGGGAAUUCAUGUAUUGGAGGAUGUACAACACCAGAUGUAUGUAUUUCAUGUUCAUCAUCAUCAGGUUUUACUGAUGAUUGUUCAAAUUGUAAAGAAGGAUAUAUUUAUAAUACUAUUGGAGGUUGUAGACCAUUACCAAACCGUAUUUGGGGGUGUCAAGAAUGGUUUGAAAUGAAAGGUACUCCAGAUGAAUAUAGAAAUGUUACUAUGACAUCUGAACAUCAAACAAUAAUUUUAGAUGCACCUGGAAUGUAUUUUCCUAUUCAAAUUAAUAGAUGUACUCCUUAUGCUUCUCAAGAUAAACCAUAUGUAUAUGGUGCAUGGAUUGCUUUAAGAUCUACAAUAGGUGGAUGGAUUGUAGCAGAAACAGAUAAACAUUAUACUUCAGAAGAAAUUGAAUUUGCUGAACAACAAAAGAAAGUUAUUGGAAAUGAUUUUGCUAUUAGUGAACAAAAGAAUUGUGCAUCUGGAAAUUCAGUUUCACAUCAUAAUUACUGUCUUGAUUCUAAUAAUGAUAUAAGUGCUUAUAUCCAUUCUCCUAGAAUGGUUGUUUAUGUAAAUAGUGAUGAAGUAAGGUAUCUUCAUAUUCAUUUACCAUAUGGUCAAAUUAUUAGUAAUUGGUUUAAAAUGCUUUUUACAUCUAUUGCUCAUCCUUGUAGUACUUAUUAUAAACAGUUAAAUUGGAAUGAACUUUCAAUUACAAUAUACUUUUGA